CGAGCUGGUGGCCUUGAGAGCAGGCUGGGUGAGGGAGAGUCUCUAGCUCCUCUAGACCAUGAAGGUGAACCCACAACAGGCCUGUUACUGUUUUUCUUUUAAGACAAAAGUUGCUAGGGUAUGUAUCUGUACUCAGUUUAAUUGUAGACAAAUAAAUGGGCUUGGGCUUGCAGUUGGGUUGGGCACUCAUCUCUAAAAGGUUCGCUAGAUCUUCCUCAGAUCUGAAUAGGAUUUUCUUCAUGGCAGACACAGGAGCAGGGAGGAAAGGGACAGGGAGGUGUCAGAUGGGAGCGUGGAGUGAGGGGUCUCUGUGUGAAAGGCCAACAGACUCUGCACUCCUGCCCCAGGCCUCUACUUCUCUCCCCUUCCCCGCUUCCCAGGAGGUCUGGGGUCCCUGUGAAGGACAAGGUUGAAGAAAUCCUGUGGGAGGUGGGGCCUGAGGUUUUGAAUUGAGGACGCACAAAUAGAAACCACUCCUCUGCAGGCUCUGCAGGGAAAAAGAGCUGGAGGAGGGGGUGGCUGGUGAUUUAGCUCAGUGGCAUAAGUGCCUGCCUUGCAAGCAAGCAGUCUUGAGUUCAAUCCCUGGUACCGAUAAGAAAAAGAGCUGGAGACCCCUAGAUAUCCCAGAGGGUGGGAGGGGCUGCCAAGCAGUGUUCUACACUGGGGACUGGUGGUAAGAGGCCGGUGCAGGGUGAGGGGGACCCAUCAGACCCCCAGAUACCUGGGGGGAGAAGGGUAGGGAAUAAGGAAAGACAAAAGACAAUUCUUUUUGGUAUAAGAGAGGAUCAGAGGAGUUCACCUCUAGUGGACUGACUGAUCGAUCUCUCUAGUGUUGCCAGUUUGUAUUAGUAACUAAGAAACAGAAGAAGUAAAGGUUCUUCCCCUGGAUGCCUGUGUUUUGUGUAGAUAUUACCUUGUCUUAAGAGGCUGUAAAUAUGAGCUUCCUAACAAGGCCAGAGAGCAUGUAGCUAUUUGUAAACUCACUGUCCCUUGCACGGACCACAGGACCACUGUCACAGAGCCUGGUCCCUAAUGUAGUAAAAGAUUAUUUUAUAUCUUCUGGUCUCCAACAGCUGGGAGCAAGCUCUUCCUCUCUGUGGGCUGGGGUGGGUUAAACUAAGGAGAGAGAAUUGGGGCUCCUCUGGCUCCAUGCCUGUUCUCUGGCCAGGGUACCUGGGCGCUGUCCCACACCCGCCCCAGAGAUCCGGAACCUUCUGGCAGCCCAGUCCUCCACUCUCCCCUUCCUAUACUCACUGCUAACAAGGCCCUUUCUGAUCGCACUAGGCUUUGAGGCAUGCAGGCCAGUAAGGCCCAUUUCUGGCUUCUUUAAUGGGACGGAAGCACCCAGGCCUUGGGCGAGGGCCGAAAACAGAGGCUGAGUCAAGUAGUCAUUCUCUGUGCCGGCUGACCUUCCUGCCUCCACACAGAGCCCACGCCCGUCACAGCAUCACCCAAACUGGCCAUUGCUGUCAGUAAUCCAAAAUAGAGGGAUGUAAAUUAGACAGAAGAGGACUUAAAAAAAAAAAAAAAACAAAACUAUUGUGGUACUGGGGGUUGAACUCAGAGCCUUUGUACUAUGGUACAUCCUGAGCCCAUUUUAUUUUUAUUUUUUAAAUUUUGAGACAAAGUCUCAUUAAAUUGCUAAGUCGUCCGGGUUGGGCUCAAACAUGUGAUGCUCCUGUCUCAAUCUCCCAGAGUGCUAGAAUUACAGACCAGUGCUACAACCCAGGCUCAGGAGUGAGGAUAUUCUUAAAGUGGGUGUACAGUACAGUAGAUGUGGUAGCCUUAGAAGUGGUAAACCUUCCAUGCAGCAAGAGUAUAUUCCUGGUUGUCAGAAGAGGAGCGAUUGCCAUUUUUCUUUUUUCUUUCUUUCUUUCUUUUUUUUUUUUUUUUUUUUUUUGCGGUACCAAGGAUCGAACUCAUGACCUUGUGCUUGCCAGGCAGGCACUUAUGCCACUGAGCUAAAUCCCCAGCCCAACAAUUGCCAUUUUUCAACAGCUAAUUUUUUUUUGAGAUAAGGACUCAUUAUGAAGCUGACCUCAAAGUCAUGGCCAUCUUUCUGCCUCAGCCUUCCAAGUGCUGUGAUUAUAGGCAUGUGCAACCAUGCCUGCCCCUCCAACAGCUGUUUACUAAGCAUCUACUAUGUGUCAUGUACUAAGUGAGCCUUAGGAAUCCAGGAACAAAUAAUAAAUUUCAUGAUGUAGGAACUAUUACCUACUGACUGAGCAGACUUCUAAGUGGAAAUCAUAUUUGAAAACAAGGAAGCAGACUGACUGUAAAGAUAGGAAAAGAUGGGGGGCAGUGGAGGAAGAGAAGUAAAGGGGAUCAAGAUGAGUAUUUGUUCCCUACAAUGAAUGUGUUUAUUAUGUAUCACAAACAUAUGCUUUUUUUUUUAAAUCAGUACCGAGGAUCAAACUCACAACCACCUGCUUGCAAGGCACGUGCUUAUGCCGCUGAGCUAAAUCCCCAGCCCAUCAAAUGUAUGCUGAUUGCAUUUAUUUAUUUUUGGUACUGGGAAUCAAAUUCAGGACCCUAGGCUAGCCAGUCAGGUGCUAUGCUGCUGAGACAGACCCUCGCCCUCAUCCUGCUAAUUCUAUUAAAAAAAAAAAAAAAAAAAAAAAAAAAAAAAAAGAGGUCGGGGAGAAAACAGAGAAGCACCUUGAAUUACAGGAGAUAGAGCAACACCCUCCACUAACCUGGGUGGGGAGUUUGGGAAGGGCAGGCAGGGGACAGCAUAAGGCCUCUGAGGGACAGAAAGAAGCUGACUGGGUGGCUAGAAGGUGAAGGAGACAAGCCAGGCAGGCAGAGGGUCAGUAGUGGAGGAAACCAUGACCACCUCCGAAGAGGAACGGGGCUUCCAAGGUUGUGGGUAGAGGCGAAGAUAGGUUUUUUACAAAAUCUGCUGCUGCGCUGCUGCUGCUGCUGCAUGAGGAGAGGCCGGAUCCAGCCUGCAGGGUACCUAGAGACCCAGGCAUCGGGCAGUGGGGCAGGGAAUGGAGGGAAGGGAAGUGGGGUCUCAGGAUAUGGGAAAUGUUGUACUCUAAGAAAGUAGCUUCAUCAUUUUGUGUAUUAUAGCAAACCUGUACCGCGGCUUACUAAAUGUUUUCUUUUCUUAACUGAUAUGUUAAGUGACCCAAUUGAUAUGUUGAGCAAUACUCUCCCCUGUAAAGAAUUGCAAGAAUUUCACUUAAUUGAAAUGUUAAUCACGGAGCGGCCCUCUACAAACAAGAAGAGUGGUGCUAAAACAAGCUAACAAGGGCUGUUAAUCACGGGUAGGCGCCUCUAGUCUUCGCUAAAGAACUAAAGAAGACAAGAAGGCCCACUAAUUUACACAUUGUUUGAAGUAGUGUGUUUAUAUGCAGGGAGAUUUGCCCAUGAGUUUAACCUUUUUACCUAACCUUAGUUACUCUUCCCACAAGAUAGAUACUCGCCGUUUUCCUGUUCUGUAGCGCGCCUUAUUGCCUCCCCCCACCCACCUAUCUGGGCCAUAAAGAAUUUGGGUUUCUGGUGACCUCUCCCCGACCUGGUGAUGAUCUGUCAUAAAAUGAGCCUGCCCCAAUUUUAAGAACUGUUUAGCUUCAAAGAAAUUACCGGGAAAUACUGUGGCCCAAACCCCGAUCGGUGCUUUCCUUUUGUUCUGUAUGUACCAAUGGGUUAGAUAUCAGAUCUUUGUAAAACUUAAGUUCCAGCAUCUCAUAACUCGUGACCCCUUCGCACUCACUGGCGAAGACAAGCUGUCCUAGGAUAAUUAACUCUCCACUUUCUUCCCCAAAUAUUGCUGCAGAUGUGCCACUCUGAGAUAAUGUCAGUCUGCAGGAUGGGAGUAAUUUGAGCAACACCAGGAACUCCCGGGACUGUCAGAGCUAAGUGGACAGCAAUACAGUUUCCAGAUGCGGGUCAACAGGUUUAAUGGCCUUACAGGUUUCCUCCCCACUUUCCCUUACUUUUAAAAACCCCUUUCCCCAGUCUUGGGCGCGCAGUCUUUGGUUUGAUCUAGGAGAGACUGUGCCGCCAGGACUGGCUCAAUAAAGCCUUUGCCACUUAAGUUUUGGACUCUUGUUUCCGUGGACUUUAUACCGGGGCCCACGUUAUAACAUUUGGGGGCUCGCCCUGGAUGGAAGCAAGACUCCAGACUCAUUUCCGAACAUCUGAAAGUAAGUGCUCUGGAGGUUUUGUUUGGGCCGCGGUCAAUUUGUAAUUUUGAGGGGACGCCCUCAAUUUGGGAGUGGGAACCACCCGAGGACAGAGUCAGUUGGUUUGUCGGACAAAUUCUGUCCAUCUGUGAAUCUGCCCCGGGUGAGGAACCACUCCGUUCGGAAGGGGACGCCCUUAAUUUGGGAAGUGAAGCCCCCGAGGAUGAAGUCAAUUGGUUUUUGCCAUUUGUGACUCCGCCUGGGUGGGGAACCACUUCAUUAGUUAAAUUUGUUAAUUCCUCCAGAUCCCAAAAUUUGACUAAUUUUUGAGCAAAGGCCAUUCUGCUGCAGCUUGUCUUGUCCUGUCUCGUCUUGUGUGUCGGUCUGUGUGUUCAUUUGUUCUAAUUGUUCCCCUUUUUGGUCACCUAACUCUAACAGAGCCUUCUUUCUUAGGAGCUCCUUCCUGGAAUUCGGAGUGGGCAAAGGUGAUUCCGACCGUUUGCCUAGUCUCUGUAGUUUUUCUGUUUAACCCUAACUUUGCCUUUUAAGUUUUUUUUCCAGCAAAACCAGCGACACCACCAGCUAUGGGUCAGAACGAGUCCAUUAUGGGUCGGAACGAAUCUGUUCCCAGCACUCCCCUUAGCCUUGUCAUUGACCACUUUAAAGAAUUCCAGAGGCGAGGUGGGAGAUAUGGGGAAAGGGUUCGCAAAGCCAGACUAACAACCUUUGUCACACAGGAGUGGCCCCUGGGGACCCAAGGAGUCUGGCCCCCUUUUGGGUCCUUUGAUAUGGAGACAGCUCGAGCGGUCCGCCAGUAUGUAUUUGGGCCCCCCGCUCACCCCGAUCAGAUUGUCUAUAUCCAGGCUUGGAUAGAUACAAUCUAUGAUGCUCCCCCUUGGAUUGAGCCACUUCCGAAUGGAGUCCUAGCAGCCCUCAAACCGAAAUCCAAGGCUGAAGAGGAGACCUCCAAGCCCAACGCACCUCCAGUCUUACCUCCGAGCGAAGACUUCUCCGACCCGCUAGACAUCCUUCCCUUACCCCCUCCCCCGUAUCCUGCCCCUGAGCCACAACCUGACUCCACCUCGCCCUCCCCGCCUCGGCCCAUUCGAACCCGCCGCCACGCUCGACCAGAGGGACCUCUGGAACAGGGCCACGAGGCAGCGCCACUGUGUCCUCUGCGGGAGGUCCCAGCCCCGAGUGGGGGCUCCAUGUUUGUGUACACCCCCUUUUCUUUCUCUGACCUCUAUAACUGGAAAAGUCAGAACCCCCCUUUCUCGAAGGACCCAGAAUCUCUGAUUAGCCUUAUAGAGUCUGUUUUCUCCACCCACCUUCCCACUUGGGAUGACUGCCAGCAGAUCUUACGCAUCCUUUUCACGGCUGAGGAAAGGAUGCGAAUCUGCGCUUUGGGGCAAAAGGGAGUCCGAGAACCGGAUGGAUCUCCAUCCACUGAUCGGCAACGAAUUGAGCACUUGUUCCCCUCCUCCCGACCCGAGUGGGACCCUAACACGGAUGCAGUCCUUACAGAGUCUCCAGCCUGUACUGACCUCAAUUCACCGGCUGUUCAGACAAAAACAUCCGAACCCCCCCUUGGGAACGCUGCCCCAAGCGUCAAUUGAGCCAGGAACGUCGGUCCUGGUGCGACGACACCACCGGGAUUCGCUUGAGCCGCGCUGGGAGGGACCGUUCACCGUGGUGCUCAGCACUCCCACCUCCGUCAAGGUAGCAGGAAAGACUGCGUGGAUCCACCACACACAAGUCAAACCACUGGAAGCUACAGACGACGAAAAGGGUCCCCGAUGGACAGUACAACGGACUGGUAACCCAUUAAAGUUAAAGUUUGUAAAGGACUCUCAGCCAUAAAAUUAUGUCUGUACUAUGGUAUUUGGCUUGGUGCUCGAUUAUAAUUGUAAACCCCGGGAAUGGGGACUGGAUUGUUUCAGACGAGAAAACUAAAAGGGAACUAGGGAGAGCUAAAGGCACGAUAAAUCAAGUCACCAUUGACCUAUGUAUACUUUUCAAUGGGAUAAUAAUUAAUGAUGACAGCCCAACUGGCAGGGUAGGUGGGUCGGUCCACCGUAACCUCUGCUCGGGCCGUGGGCCUAAAGCUCUGCAAGUUAUGUUCCAACUCAAGCAGGCAUCCCUGUAUGUAUGUCCUAAAAACCAGCCUGACCCCAAUUAUAAUGUGUACUGUGCCUCCGAUCCAAAACAUCAAUAUUGUUAUUCGUGGUCAUGUGUCACAGGAGGCCUAGAUGGAUACUAUAACUCUGAAAAGUAUCUCGCUGUCAAGUACAUAGGAAACAAAAACUGUUAUGGUGUUUAUACUUGUAACCCAGUCCAGCUGACCUUUCUAAAUCCAACGGAUUUUAGGUGGCUGGGGCAGGGACUUACUUACGCUGUUAAAAUUUAUAAAUCUGGACAUGAUCCUGGAAUUAGUAUCAAUAUCUUAUACAAGCCACCUAGAAAGCCUCCUGUAGUCAUUUACAGGAGAGGACGCCGCCCAGUGACAGCCCCCACUCAGAAGGCACCCAUUAAUUUCCCACUCAGUCGACCCCGGAGGCACACUCCGACGACUAAAGUGACUGAGGCCACAUACAAUGGGAGCAUUUACCACACAGACCAGCCCCAGAUAAAGCUGUGUAAAUGGAGGGGGGAAGGGGGCAUCCCGUACUGGAUAGAGAUUAGAGUGCCUAGCCUCGAUCCAACCUCGAUGCAACCUUCUAUGAGGGCUACAUCACGGUCACUGAUAAACUAGCCUCCGAUCCCUCUAGAUGCAAAAUGCUCCUUCCCCAAUCGCUAUGGAAAGGCACCAGUUUAGAGGGGAUAACUGGUACCUGCAUAUAUCAUUUUAGCCACACAGCCCCUGAGUAUUGCGACCUUUCUCACUCUUAUCGCAUCACAGGAGCUGGUGACGCUACUCCCCUAAUAGCCCCGGCCAGCCAUUGGUGGGCUUGUACUUCAGGAUGGUUCCCUUGUAUGAUUUCAAAAAAGUUCGUUGUUGACCAGGAUGAGGUGUGUGUACUAACCCAGGUUCUGCCUAGAAUCUACUGGCACUCCGAGGAAGAAGGGAACCGGGCUCUCAUCUCAGCCAGUCACCAGAUCAAUAAGAGAAGUCCAGCCCUCCCUAUUAUGGCUGGGAUCAGUGUAUUCUCAGCCCUCGGGAUGAGUGCUGCGUCCAUGGGAGUUAGCAUACACCAAUACAAUAUGCUAUCUCAACAGGUAGAUGAAGAAAUAAAAAGAGUCCAAAAUGCUAUUGAGGCCUUAGAGAGUUCAAUGGACUCAUUAGCUGAAGUAGCUCUCCAAAAUCGCAGAGGACUAGACCUCUUGCUUGCUGAAAAAGGAGGACUGUGCUUGGCCCUGGGAGAGCAAUGCUGCUUGUACGCCAAUAAGUCUGGGGUAGUUAGACAAAACUUAGCGGAACUCCAAAGAGGCAUACAAGAAAGAGAGAGACUAAGACAAGGAGCUCUAGGGUGGGCGGAGCAAAUGUUCUCCUUCCCACCGUGGAUAACCAACAUAAUAGCGACCGUAGCCGGUCCUAUCAUUGUGAUUCUAGUGCUAGCCACUUUGGGCCCCUGCAUAGUAAAUAGGCUGACUGCAUAUGUCAAGCGUCAGGUACAAAGUAUAAAAUUAAUGAUGGUCAGGCAACAAGCGUAUGAGCUUGUCCCCAGCAGACCUUAAGUACGGCCAAGGAUUUGGCCCAGAAGUCACAACAUCAGAGGGGAAUGUUGUACUCUAAGAAAGUAGCUUCAUCAUUUUGUGUAUUAUAGCAAACCUGUACCGCGGCUUACUAAAUGUUUUCUUUUCUUAACUGAUAUGUUAAGUGACCCAAUUGAUAUGUUGAGCAAUACUCUCCCCUGUAAAGAAUUGCAAGAAUUUCACUUAAUUGAAAUGUUAAUCACGGAGCGGCCCUCUACAAACAAGAAGAGUGGUGCUAAAACAAGCUAACAAGGGCUGUUAAUCACGGGUAGGCGCCUCUAGUCUUCGCUAAAGAACUAAAGAAGACAAGAAGGCCCACUAAUUUACACAUUGUUUGAAGUAGUGUGUUUAUAUGCAGGGAGAUUUGCCCAUGAGUUUAACCUUUUUACCUAACCUUAGUUACUCUUCCCACAAGAUAGAUACUCGCCGUUUUCCUGUUCUGUAGCGCGCCUUAUUGCCUCCCCCCACCCACCUAUCUGGGCCAUAAAGAAUUUGGGUUUCUGGUGACCUCUCCCCGACCUGGUGAUGAUCUGUCAUAAAAUGAGCCUGCCCCAAUUUUAAGAACUGUUUAGCUUCAAAGAAAUUACCGGGAAAUACUGUGGCCCAAACCCCGAUCGGUGCUUUCCUUUUGUUCUGUAUGUACCAAUGGGUUAGAUAUCAGAUCUUUGUAAAACUUAAGUUCCAGCAUCUCAUAACUCGUGACCCCUUCGCACUCACUGGCGAAGACAAGCUGUCCUAGGAUAAUUAACUCUCCACUUUCUUCCCCAAAUAUUGCUGCAGAUGUGCCACUCUGAGAUAAUGUCAGUCUGCAGGAUGGGAGUAAUUUGAGCAACACCAGGAACUCCCGGGACUGUCAGAGCUAAGUGGACAGCAAUACAGUUUCCAGAUGCGGGUCAACAGGUUUAAUGGCCUUACAGGUUUCCUCCCCACUUUCCCUUACUUUUAAAAACCCCUUUCCCCAGUCUUGGGCGCGCAGUCUUUGGUUUGAUCUAGGAGAGACUGUGCCGCCAGGACUGGCUCAAUAAAGCCUUUGCCACUUAA